CAUGUCAAGGUGAGAGGAACAUCUAGAGAUAUACCAUGGUUGGAGUAAAGCAGGCAAAUCGAGCGGUCCUGCUGCUGCUGACCCAAGGCCUCAUCGCGCGCUGUGCCGCUGACUUCGGCGACCGCAUCAGCCUCUCCGGCGACCCUGAGCAGACGAUCGCCGCAUCCAGUUCGAAUACAGAUAAUGCUAUCCCCCAGAAUGUCCCAGCCUUCGAAGGCCCCUCGGAAGGGCGCGGAGAUUCGUCGGGUGCAACACUGGCAGCGCCUGCGGGCUUCGAGGGGCAGCCGAGCGCGGCCGAGCUCGGAGUGCAAGCAGGGAAGGGCAAAGGGAUCGCAGGGGACGAGGGGCCGCCCGCCCCCCGCUGGCCCCCGCUGAGGGCGAGAAGUAGACCGCGGCCCUUGCGGUCACGGUCCCGGGGGCGCGAACAAUCGAGCCAGUUAGGAGGCGGCGCCGGCGAAGGCAGCCGUCGGGAUCCCCCGCCUCUUCCAUCUCCGACGAAGGAAGAGACUGGAACGAGAACAACACCGAACUCGUCUCCCGUCGGAUCGCGCUUACGGUAUAACCGCUACGCCACGCGGCCGGCCGGCGGCGGUCGGGCGCCGCUUCAGAGAGCCCGAGGGAAUGACGGAGGAUCGACGGCGGCCGAGGUGCGGUCGGAGGCCACAGGUGGCAGGGGAGUCAAGGUCGAUGCGGGCGAACAUCAGACUUAUUCAGACGCAAACGCAGAUUACAGUCACGCAAACCCUUCCAAAGGACUCUUGCCCCUGAAGGAAGGCGCAGAGAGAGGCGAUGCGGACGGUAGUGUUGAGGGAAGUUUCUCAAAAAUCUACUUAGCUAAAGCGCCAAGAGCCGGCCAGAAGCAUAAAGGCCCAACAAGCAGCAAGAGCGCCGUCGUCGGGGAACCCUCCCCGCCGGCAGAUGACGUCGCCGCCGCAGCCACGGCGGACGAGCGCGAGAUCGAGCCAAACGACGCGGAACCAAAGCACGAAGAGAAAUUAGCAGCGGCGCCGGGUCAAUCGCAGCCGCCUGCCUUGACCCAGCGGGAAACAGAGCAGAACCGUGACACAGUGCGAGAGGCAGUCACGCGCGCCCGCAAUGAUAAUGGCCGUUUCGAACAGGCGACGCUGGAUAAAAGCCAAUUCGAAACAGUCUUGGAACCUUUAACUUCUCACAGACUCGACAUGAUUAAUGUUUCGACGACGAUGAGCAACACGGAGUUUCUGCUGGACUCGAAGAUUUUUGAUAAAGUGUACAGCCCCUUCACGCUCCCCUCAGUCCCGGCCCCGAUUGGCAGGGAAACGGCGGGAGGCCAGGACAGGGACGGCCGGACGGCAAGAAGGGAGCCCCCGGAAAGAAUGACAGAAAGCGGACGUCCACUCACAGCCGAAGGGUACACUCAAAUAGAUCACCCUAAGAUGAGAGAUUACUUCCACGAGGCGAGACACAAGCCAAGCUCCAACGGAGACAAGCCAUCGGACGAAAAAUUUCACAAACUUAUUUAUGAAUCGACUCAAGACAUCAUCGAAAGAGCUUCAUUAGAAGAGCGACGUAAAGCAUUAUUUAAACCGCACCCGUCCGCACACCACAGCCAACAAGCGGACGGCAUAGGCGGCAAGGCAAUAACAGAUGAAACCAAAGUGCGGGCGUUCAAAAGCAAUAACAGAAACACUCCUCCAGUCACGCCCAGACCCCGCGUCGAUGCUGGCACCUCCUUCUCCUUCAUGACGAUCAGGAGAUUUCCUCUGGACUCCGGAAGUGAAGAUGCUCACGCGGUAGGCUCCACCACGGUGCCGGUCUACAGCAUCCCUCCUGCAGUCGAUCUCUACGGCAGCGGGAGCGAGAUCGAUCUCCAAACGCAGCGGAAGGACCCUCUCGAAGGACUAAGAGUCAAUAAUAUUGCAGGAGACAGAGAAGGCGAAAAUGACCGAGAGAGAACUGACGAGAUAGAAGGCGAGAUCGACACGCUCUUCUCACCGCUCGAUUACCUUUUGGAGGAACACGGGAUUAGCGACGAGACCUUCGGGAAACCGACGGCCGCCGAGCGUCUCCGACCUCUUCCCCGCCCGACAGGACACUUCGGCGAGACGGAGGAAGACCAAAGGAUCAUCGAGGAAGCACGAGCGGGUCUGGAUAUCCCUCGGCUACGAGACCCCGAGACCCAGGAGAGGCGGCGGAGUCAGACGCCCAGCCGCGGGGGUGAGAGCUCGCGAGAACAUCUGAAUGAACAGCACCGAUUUGACAGCCCGAUUCGAUCUCAACCUGUUAAACGAGAGAAUGGAGUGAAGUUCGACACGGACGUUCCAGGUCGCCAACAGGCCGCAAACCAUCAGCAAAACCACGCCCCUCGCGGUCCCUCAAGAGAAAACAAGAAUCAGAAACUCGUAAACUCAAACGAAAAAUUUGAGAAAUCGGAAACGAAUCAAGUUGCUGCAGGACUCAGUCAAAAUGAUCCACCGACGAUAAAAAACGCCGGAUCGCUUCCAUCGUUACAGCAGUUCGAUGAAACGCAGGGAGAGACUCUGCGCUCCAUUCUCCCCUUCUUUAGAGCUCCCCUUCCCCCCCACCCCCAUGCCAGAGGCUCCCCGCCUCCUCCUUCUCGCCUCCCUCCCAGACUUCCCCGACGUGACAUACCUCCGCUGUCACCGCGUCCAUUUGUCAAGUUAGCUCCUCUCCCGUCGCCCGCUUUGCUUCGCCCUCCGCCUCUCCCAAGAGGACGAGAAUCCUUCGGGAGAAACCGCGUCGCCAAUGAGGUACCCCGCUUGCCUUCGGCGUUAGUCCCUCCCGUGCCGCCUGCCUUUGGCCCUCUGACGGAACCUCCUCUGCAUAUGCGGCCUCCCGCGCUGAUCAUACAGCCCACUCCGCCGCCCCAAGUACUCCCUCCUCUACCGACGCCCGAUGGACAAGUCAGGCUACCAGCCAUGAUCGACACAGUCCCGCCCUUCAGCGAUUCCCUGGAAGCCCAAAACAUGGUCGACGUCUUCCCCCCUGGAGCUCGCCCCUUCGAGAACGGCAUCGAAGGGGGUCCCUUUAAGAGCGAGGACGUGGGCAGCGCGUCACGAACGUCUUUCACGAAGCGACCGCGCAUAGAAUUCAACGAAUUUCAUGACCUGAUCGACUUCGAACUCAACCGAACGCCUCAAGACAAUCUAGCCAAAGAUCUAGUUUCUAGGGAAGGAGGAAGUUUUCCUAGACUCGAGGGCAGCUCUUCAACUGCCAAUGACUUCCUGAAGCCUCCCCCUUCGCUCCAGCGCCCGACGCCAUUAGUACCUCCUCCUCCCCCUCCAUUUCCCUCAGCAAGGAAGCCCCUCACCCCCUUCCCCUUGGGUCGGCCGGAGCAGAGUCGGCCCGAGGUACCCCUGCCACGGCCCUCGCCCAGCUCCAAGGGGAGGAUGGAAAAACCCUUCCAGCCGCCACAGGUGUUGGUCAACGACAUCCCUCUCGCGUUUACCACACGAGGCCCUACAUUCUCUCCCGUUCACAUUAAUGUCCCUGGUCACGUGGUGAAGAUUCCCCCGCCUGGAGGAAUUCGUCCGCCUAAUCAGCAGGCAAUUCUAGGAAAUAAACCUUCUUUAUUACGCGAAAAUCGAAGCCCCACACAAACAGAAAACGGCCAAAGGAAUAAUCUCCGACCUCCUGCAGGAUUUGGAGGCCCUCGACCUGGAGUCUUGGUAGGGUUUCAAAUGAAACUUCCUCGCAAUCAACUCAGUCCUCCUCCGCCUCUCCGGCAUGGCGCAGGGGCUCUUCCAGGCCCUAGGCCAGCAGCUGUUCCUUUGCCAAAGGAGAAUCUCGCGGUCGCACAACCAGUUCGCAGCGAAAAGAAUAAGCCAAACGUGAAUGGUGUUUCGCCGAGUAGCGCCCCGGUGCGUAACUUUGACAACCUUCAACCAUUACCCAGCUCUCAUCCUCCACAAACCGCUGUCCCUUCGACGCCACCUGUUUUCCGCGCCCCACCCCCUCCCCCUCCCCAUCCUCUGCCCAGUCGAAGUCCUCUCUUCUUCCACAUCCCUGAGAUCAUGUCUCCACCGCCUCCUCCUCCACCUCGGCUGCCGGAAUUCCACCCGAGACCCCCGCCCUUCCACCCGUCGACGAAUGUUCCGACGAUCCCGAAACCGGCGCACUUCCCCAGGGACGACUUCGACGCCCCGCCAAGGAACGAGCACCAGAGGGACUUCCCUCAAGACGGAAAAUCCUUUGAUUUCCAAAAUUCCUUAGAAUUCCAAGGAACGGACACCAGAAACCGCGUCCGAUUCCCUUCCGGCAACGAGCUCGAGAGUGACUUCAUCCCCGUCCACGACGUGUCUCAACCGCUGCCUCCGAUGAUCCUGCAGCCACGCCUGUCGGAGAGCCACGCCAAGAUGAUGAGGAACCUGCGCUACGGCGUCAAUGGCGAACCUCUUGACAUAUGGAUUCCUAUUCAAGUCACGGGACGAUCGCAGCUGAGGCACAGCUCCGACGUCGGCGGGGCUGCAAAUCAUGAGCCCGACUACCACGACUCCUUCGGGGAAACGUACGACUAUCACGACGGCAACGACUAUGGUGACUACCAUGACUACAACGACGACUAUGGUGACUACGACUACCAUAAUCGCCGUUCUGACGACGCAAACAACGACGCGAAGAAAGGGGAAAAGGUCGUACCGAAACCGAGGGCGUUGGACGAUCCUGCGGCGUCCGAGGGACCGAGGUUUGACGUCGGGAAUCUAAAAGGAAUAAAUAUCGUUAGGAAACUAAAUUAAGAGAGAAAGGAAGAGAAGGGGAAACGCUAUUAGGUAGGGA